CCCAUCUCUUUCGCGUCCCGCCGGCGGGAGGGGGCCUGGUGGUGACUAUUGGCUCACGCGGGCUCAAAGGCCCCGCUGAGCGUGCGCACACCAGCCUGCUGCAGCCCUGUAGGCUGCGGAGCCCGAGUCGGUCCCGAAGCGGAAGUGUUGCUCAGGGCCAGUUCUUGUAAUGGUCUCCUCUGCAGUGAGCAGAAAAUCUAUUGUCGAGAGGUGAUUUGCGCUAAGGGUUCUUACGCACUCCUCAUCAGGCGCCUCCUUAGGCGCGCCCCACCUUUUCCUCUCCCCUCUCCCCUCUCCCCUCGCCCACACCCCAGCGUAGGGGCCUGGUGUGAAUGCUCCAGCCGAAGUGAAUCUGCACCCGAAGGCUUCCUUCUGGCUCCUGGGCAAGCCGGCCCCAGUGAGCUCAGCUUUCACACAUCUCUGCCUUUUCCCAAGAAAAGCAGGAAAUGGCCAAACCCCAGGGACUCGUGACAUUUGAGGAUGUGGCUGUGGAUUUCACCCACGAGGAGUGGCAGUACCUGAACCCUUCACAGAAGUCUCUGUACAGAGAAGUGAUGCUAGAGACCUAUAGCAACCUGGUCUCUGUGGCAGGGCAGCAGGUUACCAAACCAGACCUCAUCCUCAAAUUGGAGGUAGAAGAGCCAUGCCUGGCAGAGACAAAAAUCUCAAUUUGGGACUUACCAGAAGCCUAUCAAGUUGAUGAACAAAUUGAGAGACAGCACCAGGAUGACCAAGAUAGGUAUUUGUUGAUGCAAAUUGGAUUCCCUGACAAGACAACAAUUAUCACCAGGACUGGCCCUGACUAUAAUGAAUUUGGAAAUGUACUUCAUCUUAGUACAAACUUUGUGGCUUCAAUACAAAGAUCCCAUAAACAUGAGUCAUUUGGAAAUAAUAUGGUAGAUAAUUUAGACCUAUUUACCAGAAGUUCUGUAGGAAAGAAACAUGAUAAUGGAUGUGCAAAAUUAUUCUUCCACACUGAGUAUGAGAAAACAACUCCUGGAGUAAAACCCCAUGGAUAUAAAGAAUGUGGGAAGGCCCUGAGGCGAAAGAAAGGUCUUAGUCUACAAGAGAGAAUUAAAAAUGGAGAGAAACCCUUUGAAUGCACUGCAUGUAGGAAAACAUUCAGCAAGAAGUCACACCUCAUUGUACAUUGGAGAACUCACACAGGAGAGAAACCCUUUGGAUGUACUGAAUGUGGAAAAGCCUUUAGCCAAAAAUCUCAGCUCAUUAUACAUUUGAGAAGUCAUACAGGAGAGCGACCCUUUGAGUGUCCAGAAUGUGGAAAAGCCUUCAGAGAAAAGUCAACUGUCAUCAUACAUUACAGGACUCAUACAGGAGAGAAGCCUUAUGAAUGUAACGAAUGUGGAAAAGCCUUCACACAGAAGUCAAACCUCAUUGUCCAUCAGAAAACCCAUACAGGAGAGAAAACUUAUGAAUGCACUAAAUGUGGGGAAUCUUUCAUACAGAAGCUUGAUCUAAUUAUACAUCAUAGUACUCAUACAGGAAAGAAACCACAUGAAUGUAAUGAGUGUAAGAAAACUUUCAGUGAUAAGUCAACUCUCAUUAUACAUCAAAGAACUCAUACAGGAGAGAAACCUCAUAAAUGUACCGAAUGUGGGAAGUCUUUCAAUGAGAAGUCAACCCUCAUCGUGCAUCAGAGAACUCAUACAGGAGAGAAACCCUAUGAGUGUGAUGUGUGUGGGAAAACCUUCACCCAAAAAUCAAACCUUGGUGUACAUCAGAGAACCCAUUCAGGAGAGAAACCUUUUGAAUGUAAUGAAUGUGAGAAAGCAUUCUCUCAGAAAUCCUAUCUUAUGCUACACCAGAGGGGUCACACAGGAGAGAAGCCCUAUGAAUGCAGUGAAUGUGAAAAAGCAUUUUCCCAGAAAUCAUACCUCAUUAUACAUCAAAGAACUCAUACAGAAGAAAAACCAUAUAAAUGUAAUGAAUGUGGCAAAGCCUUCCGAGAAAAGUCCAAGCUCAUUAUACAUCAGAGAAUUCAUACAGGAGAGAAACCUUACGAAUGUCCCGUAUGUUGGAAAGCUUUUAGUCAAAAGUCACAGCUCAUAAUACAUCAGCGAACACACACAGGAGAGAAACCCUAUGCAUGUUCUGAGUGUGGCAAAGCCUUCAGAGAAAAAUCCACAUUCACUGUACACCAGCGAACUCAUACUGGAGAGAAACCCUACAAGUGUACAGAAUGUGGGAAAGCCUUUACCCAAAAAUCAAACCUUAUCGUACAUCAGAGAACACAUACGGGAAAGAAAGCCCACGGAAAAGGCCACGGCCGGAAGUCAAAGCUCAUUGCACAUUAGAGAGUAUAUCAGUGGUGCCUGUUAAAUGUUAAUGUUCACUGAAGGAAGUUUUUGUCAAUUUAGUUAACAUUUUAAAAGUAUGUUCGGACUUCUGGUUUAAAUAUGGGGAAUAAAGCCAGCCUCUCUUUUUUUCAUCUCAUUCUUCACCCAGAAACUACCAGGAUAAAAAGCAGAAGUAUAAUCUCUGUAUCUAACAAAAUGAGGAGAUAGCUAAAACCUUGAUGGAGUGCUGCCAGAGGCAGAGGGAAGCAAGCAGUGAUGCAGCAGAUUUUAGAGAGAACACUCAAGGCUGCAGAUGUGAGACAGCACUGGAAAGGACUCUUAGUUGAGGUUUAGGAUAUACUCUGAGUGUAAGACCACAUACAUCCACAAGAGUAGCAGAGGGCAUGGGCAGGUGGGAGAUAGGAUGUUUCCUAGACCCACUUGGGGUCUGAGGAGAGACAGAGGCCUCGACAAGGAAUCGCUCAGACAAGCCAUAUUUGUAGAAAGUAGUCUGUACUCCUGAGAGGAGCACUUGGCAGGGGCUGGGGCAAGAGAAGGGAGUGUUCCUUGUGAAGAACCCUUCAGCUGCACCUGUUUACUGACUGGAGAAAUCAACUCUAAAAGAAAUAGCAAAUGGAGAAAAAAAAACCAUCCCAAUUGUAAGAAAAACUCUUACCUGCCUAGAACGUGGCCCUGGCUUCUUAUCAAACAGCACGUCCAGGAAAAACUCUUAUUCAAACAAAAAUGAUUCCAAAGUAAUGAAAACCACAAAUGCAAUGGCUUUGAGCCAGCAGUUCCACUUCUAGGAAUGUAUAUACUCAUGCAUGUACAAAACGAUGAACACAAUAGAUACUCGCUGGUACACUGUUUGUGAAAACAAGAGGUUGGAAGCUGUCCAGAUGACGGGUCUGGAUCCUGGAAUCUCAGCAUGCUUAUAUAACAAACUCCCAGGUAGACAAAAUGAAUAAAUGUAGAAAGAGAACCUGGGCAUCAUUUGGGCAGUGAUGUGGAAGAUCUCCAACAUACAUCAUUAGGUGCAAAAAGCAGGGUGCAGGACAGUGAAUAUAAUAUGCUACCAUUCGUACAUAAAAAGAACAAAUGGCAAGUACAUAAUUGAGCAUAUAUGCAUAAACUAUCUCUGGGAAGAUACAUGAGAAGCUGGGAACCCUAUUACCUCUGGGAAAGGGAAGGGGAAAUGGGUGGCUGGGGGAAUGGAGUUGGGAGGGAGACAACUGUGUAUGUCCUUUCAUAAUUUUUGAAAAUCGUUGCUAUGUGGAUGUACUACCUUUUCAAUAAAUAAAACUUUUUAAAAUGCA